AUGGCGAAGUUUAAGAUGAAAGUCCACCAGCACUGGUUGCUUUUUGUUUUGUUUCUUCCUUUCUCAAGUGUUUUAUGUUUCAGUGAGUUGUCCUUCAUCACAGAGCCCAGUGAUGUUACUGCACUACCAAAGGACCCUGCUGUCUUGGACUGUCAGGCUCAUGGGCUGCCUCCAGUCACCAUCAAGUGGCUAAAGAAUGGAGUUCAUUUGGCAGAAAGUGAGCACAUCCAGUUUCUGUCAAAUGGCUCCUUGUACAUACCAAAGAUAAAGCAUACCAAGGAGGAAUCAGACGAGGGAUUCUACCAGUGCCUGUCACAAAACAAAUAUGGAGCUAUCCUAAGCCAAAGAUCACGUCUUACUAUCGCAAGUAUCUCAGAGUUUAUGUUGCACCCUGUGCCUAUGGUGGUGACUGAGGGCUCUGUGGCCCGAUUCUCCUGUGCAGCCAUGUCCAGCCCUCCUGCCACCAUCACCUGGGAGCUCAACCAAAGCACAUUACCACUACAAACAGACAGAAUAACGGUUCUGCCCAAUGGAGUUCUUCAGAUCCAAAAUGUACAGUUGGGAGAUGCUGGACUGUAUCGGUGUGUGGCUACUAACAUUGGUAGCCGUUUGAAGAGUCGAGAGGCAAAGCUGACAGUCAACCAAGGUGUUGGCCUGAAACCACGGCAAAGGCCCAGAAUCAUAGCUGGACCUCAGAAUGUCACAGUUUCUCUCCAUCAAACUGUAGUGUUGGAGUGUGUGGCAACAGGGAAUCCCUGGCCCAUCAUCUCCUGGAGCAGAGCUGACAGUAAACCCAUUGAUGUGUACAAUGCCAAAGUGCUGGGCAAUGGGAACCUUGUUAUUACUGAUGUCAAUGCCAAGCACAAUGGAGUCUACCUCUGCAGGGCCACCACCCCUGGAACACGCAACUUCACUAUUGCUGCAGCCAACCUCACAGUUCUAGUGCCACCAUCUAUUGUUGAGAAGCCUGAAAGCCAGACCCGUCCAAGAGCAGGGACUGCCCGGUUUAUGUGCCAGGCAGAGGGAGUGCCCACGCCACGCAUCAGCUGGCUGAAGAAUGGAGAAGAAGUUCACUUAAAUGGGAGGAUUAAGAUGUACAACAGUAAAUUGGUGAUCACCCAGAUCAUCCCUGAGGAUGAUGCCAUCUAUCAGUGCAUGGCAGAGAGUGAACAGGGUUCUGUGCUGUCCUUGGCGCGCCUUAUUGUUGUCAUGUCCGAGGACAGGCCAAGUGCACCAAGAAAUAUCCAUGCUGAGACCAUCUCAAGCUCUGCUAUCCUACUGGCCUGGCAGAGACCUCUCUACAAUGCAGACAAAGUCAUCGCCUACUCCAUCCAUUAUAUGAAAGCUGAAGGUCUGAACAACGAAGAAUACCAAGUUGUUAUUGGAAACGACACAACCAGUUAUAUCGUCGACGACCUUGAGCCAGCUCGAAACUACAGCUUUUACAUUGUGGCCUAUAUGCCAAUGGGAGCCAGUCGUAUGUCAGACCAAGUCAGUCAACAUACCCUGGAGGAUGUGCCUUUGCGUACCCCAGAGCUUGGUCUGACCAGCCACAGCUCCACAGAUAUCCAGGUGAGCUGGCAGCAGCUGCCUGCCAAGCUGAGCCGCGGACGGGUUUCUGCAUACAGACUAUCUUAUCGUACAGCUGUGGACAACACUGUCAACUCUGUGGAAAUACCUCAAAACAGCACAGAAUAUCUGCUGGAGGGCCUUCAGCCUGACACAAUCUACUUGCUCCGCAUGGCUGCAGCCACCCGUGUGGGCUGGUGUGAGCCUUCUGCAUGGACCUCACACCGUACGCCUAAGAUUUCCAGCAGCAAAGUGCCUUCAGCCCCUAUUCUUCAACUUGAGCCCCUGAACUGCACCUCCAUUGUGGCACGCUGGCAAAUCUCCCAAGAAUCUGUGGCUGCCCAGGGUUACAGGCUGUGUUACCAUGAGGAGGGCCAACCAGAGCAGCCCAUCAUCCAGCUGCAAGCUCAAAACUAUACGCACACCAUCAGUGGCCUUGAUCCAAGAAGAAAGUAUCACGUCAAGAUUCUUGCUGUCAGUGAAGCUGGAGAAGGCUAUCAAACGGACCAAACAGUUAGCACUCCGGGAUGUGUGUCGGCUAGAGAGCAGCCUGCAGUAUCUCCUCCACCUCCUGAUCUUGUGACGGUCUUAGGGAAGAAUUCGUCUUCAGUCUCUCUUCGCUGGAGCCGUCCUGCUUUCCCCUCAGGAAAGACUGUUAGCUAUACAGUCCGUUGUACACCUGUGGGAACUCACAAUGCCUCUGCUAUACGCUACAUACAAAUUACCAAUCAGAGUGUGAUGGUUCAGAACUUAAUUUCAAACACUCGCUAUGAGUUUGUUGUGCGUCUCCAUGUGGACCAGAUGUCGAGUCCCUGGAGUUCUGUAGUUUACCAUCGGACCCUGCCAGCAGCACCUAGCCAGCCACCUGCAGGAGUGCGAGUAACUGUCAUAGAGGACGACACUGCUCUGGUGUCCUGGAGGGAGCCGACAGAGACCAAUGUGGUGGUUACUCACUAUACCAUCCUGUACGCUUCCCAGAAAGCAUGGCUGUCUGGACACUGGCAAAUUCUACAGAGGGAGGGAAGCCAUACGAUGGCUCUGUUGGAGAAGCUGGAGCCAGGGAACGUUUACGUGGUAAAAAUCUCAGCCUCAAACCAGGUUGGAGACGGGCCUUUCUCUCACAUUGUGGAGCUGGCAUUAAAGCGUGGAACUGCCCACCGCAGCAAGAACCCCAGGCACUCUGACAGCUUCCCAGAUCCAACAGUCUUAUCUGAUGGUCUCUACCACAUAGACCAAAGGUCUAUGACAGGGAUCAUUGUUGGUGUGAGCAUCGCCUUGGCCUGUAUUGUUAUGUGUGCCUUGAUCCUCAUCAGUAAGGGCAGACCAAGAAAAUCCUCUGGUCACAAAGUCAUUGCUGUGGGAGUUACUGAAGAUCCACGUUCAGGUUUGGCCCUGCCAAAUGAACGCCAUGCGGAGAAUGUUGAGGCUCUAAUACCCAUGAUGCGUGAACACUAUUUUAAUGCCACGGGUGGAUCCAGUAUGGUUAUAAAUAGUGCUGGACCAGUCUGUAGCAAGAAUCAAAACAAUAGAUGGCUUCUCUUCCAGAGGGAGAAUCCAUCUGAAAGUGAUCUUGAGAGACGAGCAAGCUUGUAUGAAGCUGGAAAAACUGUUCUGAGAUAUGAUGAGCAUUUAGGCGCAGCGCCCCUUCCACCUUCGUCUCGGGAGAUCAUCUACGGACCUUUUCACUCGGAGAGCUCUCACAGCAGCGAGGGAAGCCAAGAGACAGGAGACUCUGGACACUACUCUAACGAAGAAAGCAAUGAAGAAAUGAGCAACCCUUCCACCAGCCAACGCUCCAGACCUGAAUCCUUUGGGUCAGACGAUGUUGCCACUGUGGCUGAGCUUAAGCAGUCUUUUCAAGUGGAAAAUGAGGAGAGGCUGAGCCGUCCCCUCCAUCACUCCUCCACCGCUGCUGAUGCCCAGCUCUGCUCAACCUCCCAGGGCUCCCAUCCUGACCCGCGCACUUCCCUAGCAGUCUGCUCCUGACAUCACCUGGCCUGAUCUGUCUCCAGCAGCCGGAGCCGAGCCCCUGUUACAGCGUUGGCUUCCUGAGUUGAGCCUCUCAAUUGUA